UGACGCGUCAGCAGAGCUGAGGGUCAGACCGUGUCUGCGGAAACUUCUGACCAACACCGACUCGAUGACUUUUGGUCUUUGUCUUGGCUCCAAGAGUUGGUUUCUUUAUAUUUAUCCCAGAGCAGCUCCUCACUUAAGAAGGAGCUUCCCCGCAUUCAUUGGUCGGAGCUUUCUUCAACAUGACAGGAGCAGCAGCAGUGGUUGGAGUGGCGGACGAGAUCGUGAAGGCAAGAAAUGACGACAGAGAGUAUCGGAGGAUUGUCCUCGAGAAGAACUCACUUGAGGUUCUUCUCAUCAGUGAUCCUGAUACAGAUAAGUGUGCUGCUUCAAUGAACGUUGGGGUUGGCUACUUCUGUGACCCUCCCGGCCUCGAGGGUCUUGCUCAUUUCCUUGAGCAUAUGCUGUUCUUUGCGAGUGAAAAGUAUCCCUUGGAGGAUAGUUUUCUAAAAUACAUUACCGAGCAUGGCGGAGGAACAAAUGCUUUUACAUCUUCAAGAGACACAAACUAUCAUUUUGAUGUUAAUGCCGAUUCUUUUGAGGAGGCACUGGAUAGAUUUGCGCAGUUUUUUAUCAAACCACUACUCUCAGAGGAUGCUGUUGAGAGGGAAAUAAAAGCAGUCGAUUCUGAGAAUCAGAAGAACUUGCUUUCUGAUACAUGGAGAUUGAACCAGCUUUGUAAGCAUCUGAGCAAGGACAGUCAUCCAUUCCAUAAAUUCGGUACAGGAAACAGAGACUCAUUAGAAGUUCGGCCAAAGUCAAAUGGAGUUAACGUAAGAGACGAACUCAUCAAGUUCUACAAAGAACAUUAUUCUGCCAACCUCAUGAAUCUGGUCGUAUAUGGAAAAAAACCUCUAGAUAAAUUGCAAGCCUUAGUGGAGGACAAGUUCCAGGACAUUCGAAAUAUAGAGCAGAGCUGUUUCAUUUUCUCGGAUCAGCCUCUUUCGCUUGAACAUUUACAGAUGCUUAUAAGAGUUGUACCGAUAUGUGACGAUCACGCCAUAAAAGUCGAGUGGCCAAUAACUCCUGGCAUACGCCAUUACAAAGAAAUCCCAACCGAAUAUCUUGGUCAUCUUAUUGGCCAUGAAGGAGAGGGGUCUUUGUUUUAUAUCUUAAAGAAAUUGGGAUGGGCUACAAGUUUGUGGACUGAUGAAUAUAGUUCGAACAUGGAUUUUGCGUUCUUCCAGGUCUUCAUUGAUCUUACUGAUGCAGGACAGGAACACAUGGAAGACAUUGUCAGGCUGCUAUUUAAAUACAUUGACCUGAUAAGGCACUCUGGAAUUUGCAAAUGGAUAUUCGAUGAGAUGGCAGCUAUUUCCAAGAUGGCAUUCCACUAUCAGGACAAGACUCCCCCUCUUGGUUAUUCUGUAGGUAUUGCAUCAAAUAUGACGAUAUUUCCCACAAGAGACUGGCUCGUGACGUCCUCCUUACCCUCAGAAUUUAAUCCAAGCCUCAUUAGAACCAUGCUUGAGGAGCUCUCCCCAACUAAUUGCCGAAUCUUUUGGGCUUCAAAAAAUUUUGAUGGGCAGACGGACCUGGUUGAACCUUGGUACGGGACCGCGUAUUCCAUUGAAAGACUUACAGAGUCCUCCAUCAAGAAAUGGAUGGAAGGUGUUCCUGAUGAAAAUCUUCACUUGCCUGUGCCAAAUCGAUUCAUAGCUUCCGACGUGUCCCUGAAAAAGGUGCAAGAGAAGGUGAAGUUCCCAGUGUUGUUGAGAAAAUCACCUUACUCAUUACUCUGGUACAAGCCCGAUACGAUGUUCUCAGUUCCAAAGGCAUCUGUAACAAUAAGAUUCAGGUGCCCUAACGCAUGCUAUUCCCUUGAAGCUGGAGUUCUCACUGAUAUAUUUACGUGGUUGCUAAGCGAUUAUUUGAACGAAUGUGCAUACUAUGCUGACCUUGCUGAUCUCGGAUAUAAUAUUAGCAGCACGUCUAGUGGAUUCCAGAUCUCAGUAGGUGGCUAUAAUCAUAAACUGAGAAUCUUGCUAGAAACUGUUCUGGAGCACAUUGCCAAGUUUGAAGUGAAGCCCGACAGGUUCUCUGUAAUCAAGGAAAGGAUGAUAAAGAACUACCAAAACUUCAAGUUCGAGGAACCGUGUUCGCAGGCCCUACACUAUUGUUCAUCCAUAUUGACAGAACGUUCAUGGCCAUUGACCGAGGAGCUAGAAAUUCUUAUGCAGCUUGAGCCCAAAGAGGUUUCGAACUUUACUCCGACAAUGCUCUCAAGGGCCUUCUUGGAGUGUUUAGUUGCAGGGAACAUAGAAAGCCAGGAAGCAGAAUCCAUAAUUCAGAAUGUUGAAGAUAUUUUCUUUACUGGUCCAAACCCAAUAUGCAAGCCCUUGUUUCCAUCCCAGUACCCAACUAACAGAGUCAUCAAGCUUGAUGAGGGCAUGAGUUACUUCCACUCCACAGAAGGCCUUAAUCCCGACAAUAAGAGCUCUGCCCUAGUUCACUAUAUUCAGAUUCAUCAAGAUGAUUAUACAUCAAAUGUGAAACUUCAGCUUCUUUCCCUAAUAGCAAAACAGGAGGCCUUCCACCAGCUCAGAUCGGUGGAGCAGCUCGGGUAUAUUACCACACUUGAACAGAGGAAUGAUCAAGGUAUUCGUGGGCUGCAGUUCACUAUUCAGUCUACUUUGAAGGACCCCAAGCAAGUCGAUUCAAGAGUUGAGGAGUUCCUCAGGCUGUUCGAGAGCAAACUUUAUGAGAUGAAGAAUGAUGAGUUUGAGAGCAAGGUGAAUGAGUUGAUUGCGGUGAAGCUCGAGAAGUUCAAGAAUUUGUGGGAGGAAUGCGAUUUUUAUUGGGCAGAGAUUUCUGGUGGCACUUUCAAGUUUGAUCGAAUCAAAUAUGAGGUUUCGGCACUGAGGCAGCUCACCCAGCCAGAACUCAUAAAAUUCUUCGACGAGCACAUAAAAGUCGGUUCACCAAAGAAGAAGACGCUUAGUGUACGAGUCUAUGGAAGCUCACACACUUCGGAGUUCACUGCAGAAAGGACUGAAACAGUUGGACCUGGUUCAAUCCGAAUUGAUGACAUACUCAGCUUCAAAAGAUCUCGACCUCUUUACGGGUGUUUCACAGGAGGUUUCAAUUACAUGCAGUCUUGCCGAAUCAGAACCUCCACUACGGCCGCGGAAAGUGAUGAGUAGAUACGCAGCCUCAAGAUUUCUCUGACAGGGUGUUAUGUUCUUUCCUCCACUGAAAACUAUGUUCUUCUGGGCUGCUCCCUGUAAAAGGAAUCUGGCCAUCUGCAUCGGCGAGCGGCUGAAGAAUGUCUAUGGACUGGUCAGCUGCUAAAGCUAAAGCUUCGAGAGCCCGAUAAGGUGAAGAUUGACCAAAUCCUUCAGUCGCCUUUUGACGCAGCAUUUGAUCUGGCAAUCUAUUGUUAAGAUAGCUACACUAGGAACACAAGAUACCGUUAGUUGGCACCGAUGAUAGCUAGAAUGGCGUUUGCCAUGGGCAACUGGAGGCGCUACGGAUGUUGGCACUGCAUGCACCUGUACUUCCAUCCUCUGCAAUAUGAUCAAAUUGUACGAUUAGCGUCAGAAUUUUUUUGUUACGAGGUAUGAAAGUUACAGAAGUAAGAAUAUGCGGACUUUAGCUUCUUUGUAAAGAAUGUGUAGUAAUUCUGUCACAAUUUACAUCAAGAAUUCCCCGUACACUAAAGAAUGAAGAAUCACGCUUUGGUCCA